UCAAAGCGGCAGCCAUCUUUGGCGAGGGCAGAGACGCGCUCCAUUGAAGAAGUGUAGCGGCACCAAACCCGCGCAGUGUCUUUGCAGCACGUCAGUCCCAGCAGAAGGGCUGAAAUACGCAGACCUAUUCACCUCAUUACUGACGGAGAGCUACAGCGGGACCAGCUUUCCCCCGAACUCCCAGUAGGACCCACACUUGCCAGUUGGAGACCAGCUCCACCCACUCCAACCAGUAGCCAUGGCAGAUGACGCCGACAUGCGCAAUGAGCUAUCGGACAUGCAGCAGCGUGCCGACCAGCUGGCCGACGAGUCGCUGGAGAGCACACGCCGCAUGUUGCAGCUGGUGGAGGAGAGUAAAGAUGCUGGUAUCAGGACUUUGGUUAUGCUGGAUGAGCAGGGAGAACAACUGGAGCGCAUCGAAGAGGGGAUGGACCAAAUCAAUAAGGACAUGAAGGAUGCAGAAAAGAAUUUGAACGAUCUAGGAAAAUUCUGUGGUCUUUGCUCCUGUCCAUGUAACAAAAUGAAGAGCGGGGGCAGCAAAGCAUGGGGGAACAACCAGGAUGGCGUGGUGAACAGCCAGCCUGCCCGCGUGGUGGACGAACGGGAACAAAUGGCCAUCAGCGGGGGCUUCAUCCGCAGGGUAACAGACGAUGCCAGGGAAAAUGAGAUGGACGAGAACUUGGAGCAAGUGGGAGGAAUCAUUGGGAACCUGCGCCACAUGGCCCUCGAUAUGGGCAACGAGAUCGACACCCAGAACCGCCAGAUUGACAGGAUCAUGGACAAGGCUGAGUCCAACAAGACCAGGAUUGACGAAGCCAACCAGAGGGCCACAAAGAUGCUGGGUAGUGGCUAAGCUGCCGCCUGCAGCGUGGCCAGAGGUGCACACAUGCUUUGUCAUGGUAUUUACCUUCUAGGUUUGCACACAUGCACAUAUCACCUCCCCCGUUGUAAGCGUCGUUCUGUGUGCGGUUUGUCGGCUUUUUCAAUGAUUGUUCUCAUAAAUGGUUUCUUAUAAUCCGCCUCGUUCUUUCCAAAGGUUGUAUAUAAUGCUGACUUGAAGGCUCAAGCACACUUGUGAAGUUUUUAUUCUCUUUAUCACCUAUAUCUAAAAAUGUAUAUAUGUAUACAUAUAUAUAUAUAUACGCAUAUAGGUGUAUACAUAUAUACGUAUAUAUAGCCUCUUUGUUGGAUGAAAUAUAUACUAGGAAUGCUAUUCAAUCUGUCUUUCCUUUCCAGUAUCUCAGUAUUGUCUUAGUAAAGCUGUGUCCCUCCAUUACUGGGUACUGUCACGCUCCUUAUUUUGAUGUUGUCAUGACAAAUGAAAAAGGGGUAAAAAUUACACAACGACGAAGCCAAUACAAAAAGCACUUGCAAUAUCUGGCCUUGGUUCAUGUUCAUCCUCAUAGCCAUUAUCAGUUACUGUUUAGACGAUGUGUAACUAGAUUCUGUGGCUGUAAUAGACAUUGCAUUCCAGGUGAUGUGAAUUGUGCGUUAUGCAUGACAAAUGGUAGAUUUUAGAAUCUUAUAAAUAAAACUUGUUAAAAAAAUAUUUAAAAAAAAAAUCACAACAGUAGCAAAAUUCGACAAACGCAUGCUCAGUAUUAGGCCCCGUUGAACGUUCCAUAUUCCUGCAAGUUUGCAAUAGUGCAACUAUUUCUGUCAAUAUAUAUUUACAGACUGUGACCAUUGUUGUAAAAUAAUGCAAAAUGACUUAAAGAGGAAAUGUAACAGAGUUCACUAAGAGGAGAUGUAACAGGGAUGGCGAGGCGGAGAUGUAACAGAGAUGACAGGGAGAAGCUGUAAGAGGGAUAAGGUACUGCAAAAUGACCUGUUUUCUAAAUGAUUAUGCAGCUCAAUGAAGAUUUUGUCUGAUUAAGUACUGAACAGUGUGGACUGGUUGUUUACUGUAUCAUAGGUUUUGGAUGCUCUGACAAAAUAAAAAAAUAAACGUUUGCAAUGUAAAGCAAA